AUGGCCUCAAUCACUCCCAGCGAUGAGAAACCACCUGGCGUGGAGCGUGUUGAGGACGUAAUGGAUAAAACUCUUAGCCAGGGAGAGGAAAUGUCACUCGAAGAACAAGCGAAGAUCAUUCGUCGCAUCGACUUUCGUCUGGUGACAAUGACCGGGCUGGCUUACUGUAUUUCUCUGAUGGAUCGGACGAAUUUGAGCAUGGCGGCCAUUGCUGGUUUGACGACGGAAUUGGAUUUGGAGCGUGACAACCGCUAUUCUAUCGCAGUAUUGAUGUUCUUCGUGCCGUAUGUCAUAUUCCAACCGCCGAUGACUAUUUUAAUUCGAAAAAUCGGUCCAACCAUUUUCCUUUCGACAAUCAUAAUGAGUUGGGCUGCGAUCAUGAUUGGAACUGGUUUCGCGAAGAACUUUGGGCAAUUGGUUGGACUGCGAGUUCUCCUUGGUGUGUUGGAGUCAGGAUACUUCCCAGGAUGCGUAUACUUGCUGUCUUGCUGGUAUACUCGAUAUGAUGUCCAGAAGCGAUUCUCCAUUUUUUACCUGAUCGGAUGUGUUGCAUCUGCGCUCUCAGGUAUUCUAGCAUUUGGAUUAAUGCAAUUGAACGGCAAACAUGGCUUAUCAGGCUGGCGAUGGAUCUUCAUUUUGGAAGGUGUGAUCAGCGGAGUGAUUGGCAUUCUUUGCUACAUCUUCCUUGUAGACUUUCCCGACCGUGCAUCCAAAUCAUGGCGGUUCCUGAACGAGGCCGAGUGUGCCUUUAUCGUCCGUCGGAUUGACGAUGACCGAAAGGAUGGCCACCCGGAGGCAUUUUCGCUUAAGAAGUUCCUGAAACCAGCGCUUGAUUUGAAGAUUUGGGCCUUUGCUAUGAUCUUUUUUUGUCUCACCACCGUCACCUAUGCCAUCGCUUACUUCCUUCCGAUCAUCCUCCGCUCCGGCAUGGGCUUCGACAUCGGCCAGUCGCAAUGUUUGGUCGCACCCCCUUACGUGUUUGCGGGCAUCGUCAUGUACACGGGUGCAUGGAUCGGUGACAAGUACCACAUCCGUGGACCGGUGCUGAUUGCUAACGCACUCUUGGCCAUCAUCGGACUUCCAAUGAUGGGUUUCGCCAAGGGGAAUGCCACCCGUUAUGCUGGAGUCUUUCUGACAGUAGCAGGAGCAAACGCGAACAUCCCAUCAUGUAUGGCGUACCAAGCAAACAAUGUGCGAGGACAGUGGAUGCGCGCGUUCUCCAGUGCUACUCUGGUAGGUUUUGGUGGGUUGGGCGGAAUUGUGAGCAGUUUGGUGUUUCGCGACAAGGAUGCGCCUGGGUAUCGGCCAGGAAUGUAUGCGGCUCUAGCUGUGCGCUCUGAGCGUGUGGUUCCGGUUUUGCAAUCGACAGGCCGAUCAGGGUAA